AUGGCACGCAUCAAUGGCCUUACGUUAAUCCUACUGGCGAUGACAACGAUGAUGAUCGGGCGACUGCAAGUGAAAGCCACGCGAGUAGAUAUGCAGCGCGUGUGGAGUAGAAACAUGACUAAUGCCGUCCACAGAGGUAACGCCAGGCUCAACAGGUUAGAAACUCCAAUUACAGGAGAAGUAUCUCUCGCCGCCGACUUGGGCGUGCCUGUGAAGAGAGGGCAACACGUUGGAGAAUUCAUGAUGACAAUGGGUAUCGGAACCCCACCGCGGAAAAUGAUUGGCAUUGUUGACACGGGAAGCAAUCUCAUCUGGACACAGUCUCAACGCUGCACUAGCUGCGAUUCUCAGCCCGACCACAUCUUUGAGCCGGCCAAAUCUAGAACUUACAACAAACUCUCGUGUUCCUCUCCCCUCUGCUCUGCCCUACCCACCAAAACGUGCACGCCAGACUGUGAGUAUACGUACUUCUAUGGAGACGAGUCGAAAACGCAGGGCGUCUUAUCGAAGGAGACAUUUACCAUGUGGAACAGCAGCGGAAAGCCGCAAUCCAUCCCAGGAAUGGCAUUUGGGUGCAGCUAUAGGACGCAAGGAGACGGCUUUUCGGAAGCGGACGGUCUGGUGGGACUCGGACGAGGUAGCCUCUCGCUCAUUUCGCAGAUUGGUUCUACGGUUGGAUCGAAAUUCUCUUACUGUCUAACCUCCUAUGCCAGCAAAUCAGCCUCUGAAACAAGUCCUCUUUUCUUCGGCAGUGCGGCAGACUUGAAAGGAACCAAUAUUAUGCCUACGCCGAUGAUAAAGAACUCCGCCCGUCCGGAUCUGGACACGUUCUAUUACAUCUCUGUAAAAGGAAUCAGGGUGGGAACAAUCUUGGCGGACAUUCCAGCCGGAACGUUGGAUAUUGGAAAGGAUGGAGAGGGAGGAUUCAUCAUCGACUCGGGCACCACGCUCACAUAUCUAUCACCCAAGGCUUUCAAUGGAGUUUCCCAGGCUUUGGAUUCAGCACUCGGAUGGAAUGUAGUUGAUGGUUCUCAUUACGGAUAUAAUCUUUGCUAUGUAGUGCCUUUAGGAGUAACGCAAGAUAAUCUUCCCAACGUGACAUUUCAUAUGGGCGGGGGUGCCGAUUACGUUGUGGAGGGAAAAUACAAUUUUGCUUUGGUUGAUCCGGACAAGGAUUUGUUGUGUCUACUCAUGUUGGAAAUGGCCCAAGAAUCCGCAGCUAAGGUACCUUCCAUACUUGGAAAUUUUCAGCAGCAGAAUAUUCACAUUCUCUUCGACAAUGACAAUGAGGAGAUCUCUUUUACCCCCGCUAGUUGUAGCGAUUUAUCUCAACCAGACUUUGAUAAACGCUUUAUGGUUUCUGGAUCGCCGGCCUCGACUCUGGCCUUGGUCAGCUUCAUCGUUAUCUUUAUAUUUCAUUUUAUUAAUUCGACACUUUCAUAG